AUGGUCGACGAGUCCACCGCCGCUGGCUGCAGCGCUCCGACUUUGUCCCGACUGGGCAGCCCUUCAGUGGGCUGCGUCCUCAAGCAAGACAAAAAAGGCAGAGGCAUCAUGGUUUCCUCUGAAGGACCGAAGCAACUAGCCACUGGGCCAUUGCCAGACGAGGAGGCCCGCUGGAUCAAGCUGGUCAAGAUCGACUACCAGGACCAGACCGGCAAGGCGCGCACCUGGGAGUCCGCCGAGCGCCGCAGCCGCCCCUCCAGCUGCGACAUUGACGGCGUCGGCAUCAUCGCCAUCCUGCGCAACGCCGCCACCGGCGCCCAGGACAUUGUCCUGCAGCGGCAGUACCGCCCGCCCAUCGACCGCGUCUCGCUCGAGGUCCCCGCGGGGCUCAUCGACGCCGGCGAGACGCCCGAGCAGGCCGCCGUCCGCGAGCUGCGCGAGGAGACGGGCUACGUCGGCGUCGUCACGGAGACGUCGCCCGUCAUGUUCAACGACCCCGGCUUCUGCAACACCAACCUGCGCAUGGUCCACGUCGCCGUCGACAUGGCCCUGCCGGAGAACCAGAACCCCCAGCCGCAGCUCGAGGACGACGAGUUCAUCGAGGUCUUCACCCACCCGCUCAAGGACCUCUGGGCCCUGUGCCAAAAGCUCGAGGCCGAGGGCGUCGCGAUUGAUGCGAGGGUCGGGACGCUCGCCGAGGGUGUGCUCCUGGCACAGCAGUUUAAGCUUUAA